GCUCUCAGUCUGUCGGCUACCUUUGCUGUGGUAAUUUGGAUAAGGGAACUUAAAAAUUCUGAACAGUUCAUUAUGCUACGCUUAGCCACUCAAUUAGUCAGACAGAACUCGAACCGGAAUAAUCUACUUACCACGGUUAGAUUUCUAACAGCAGCUGCUCAACCCAAACAAAAUGCCGAACCAGAUCUGCCAAACACAUCUUUCAUGUCGAAUGUCUUCCGAGGGGAUGUCGUACCGGUGCAGGUCUUUCCAUACCCGGAACCUACGGAGGACCAGAAGGAGCUGAUACACGAUAUGAUAGAUCCGAUUCACAGAUUCUUCCGCCACGAACACAACCCCAUCGAAGCGGAGAGAAACGGCUGCCCGGAUCCGGACACCGUGGAUGCGAUGUGGAAGAUGGGUUUGUUCGGUACGGUAGCUCCCGCAGAGUACGGCGGACUGGGAGCAUCGACUACAAUGUACGCAACACUAGCAGAUGCCGUCGGGGCGGUAGAUCUGGGACUGGGAGUGUACAUUGGAGCACAUCAGAGUAUUGGUUGGAAGGCUAUACAGUUGUAUGGGUCGGAAGAACAAAAGAAGAAGUACUUGCCACGGGUGACGAAGGGAAGAACGCUGGCGGCACUCGCCCUGACCGAGCCGAGUACGGGGUCAGAUAUAAAUUCGGUCAAAAUGAGAGCUGUUAGAAGUGGUUGUGGAAAGUAUUAUACGUUGAACGGUUCCAAAAUUUGGAUUUCCGGAGGAAAUGAGGCCGGCAUUUUUACAGUUUUUGCUCGGACCGAGGUGUUGGAUGAUAAAUCGGGCGGGAUCAAAGAUAAGAUUACUGCAUUUAUAGUGGAACGAGAUUUUGAAGGUGUUUCCAGUGGUCCACCGGAGGAAAAGAUGGGUAUUGUAGUGUCGGGUACAAGUUCUGUGUUCUUCGACGAUGUACGUGUCCCGGUGGAGAAUGUUCUUGGUGGUGAAGGGAACGGGUUUAAGGUAGCUGUAACUACACUGAAUACUGGCCGAUUCGGAAUGGGUGGAAGCAUGUCCGGGAUGAUGCGAACGUGUAUUCAGAAGGCAACGGAACAUGCCACCAAGAGGGUUCAGUUUGGACGAAAAUUGAUAGACUUUGGUAACGUGCAAGAGAAGCUGGCUCGCAUGGCUAUGUACCAGUAUGUGACGCAAUCGAUGGUCUACAUGAUCGUCGGUAAUAUCGACAGCAGUUUCAAGGACUAUCAACUGGAAGCGGCUAUUUCGAAGGUGUUUUCAUCGGAGUCUGCAUUCUUGGUGUGCGAUGAAGCGAUUCAAAUUCUCGGUGGGAAUGGAUACAUGAAGGGAAGUGGCUUGGAAAAGUUUCUUCGAGAUGUCAGAGUUUUUCGAAUCUUCGAGGGAGCCAAUGACGUGCUGAGAAUGUUUAUUGCUCUUACUGGAGCGAAAUAUGCUGGUUCGCAGUUAAAGGAACUGCAGCGGGCAGUUGAAAAACCAGCUGCCAAUUUGGGUUUGAUUUUCAGGGAAGGAUCUCGUCGCGUGGCUCGUACUAUCGGAAUCCAGAAUGGGAACGAUAUAAGCGAAUACGUCGCUGGUCCUCUCAAGGUAUCGGCUCAGCGAUGUACCGAGAGUGUAAAAAUGUUUGGAAAAACAGUACAAUCAUGUUUGAUAAAACAUGGAAAGGGUAUCGCAGAGCAGCAGUUUAUUUUGAAACGAUUGGCAGAUAGCGCUAUCGAUAUCUACGGCAUGACUAGCGUGCUUUCACGUGCAACCAGAGCGAUUGAAAUAGGCCUACCUUCGGCAGAACAUGAACAAUUGCUGGCUAUUGCAUGGAGUGUCGAGGCUAGUGAUCGAGUUCACUCGAACCUUCAGCAGAUUAAUUCAGGGCACUUCUCGAAGUAUUGCGACACAUUGAGCAGAAUCGCCCGAAACGUGAGUGACACUGGAGGAGUUGUACAGCAACUGCCACUUGAACCGUUGCAGUGAGCCAUUCCGACUAAGUAACUUAUCUCAACAAGCGCAACAGCACACGAACAUAUUCAAAAUGCAGCGGGGGCCAAUGUCCUCGCAGUUCAAAGGCUGUGACGAACGAACGGAACAAUACCAAAGCCGAGCUUGAUAAAAGAUUGAUGACAUCACGUUUUACAGUGGAUUAUCGCUAUCGGACACAGACAGAAAUAAGCUCGAAUAAAAUUAUGUACACGACUUUUGUAGUUCUUAGUAUCUGCGGUUCAGUAUCAGUGCUGUGAGCGAAUCGGAUAGAUAUA